AGGGUCAUGGUCCCCUUCCCUUAUAAAAAGAAACCAAUUGCAAUGCAAAAUGCAAUUGCAGAAUCAAGAUAACAUAUCACUAUCAUAUUCAUGGCUCUAUUCAACUUCUUCAAGCUUAAGCUUGUCAUCUGUGUUGGGGUACUCUUGCUUGCUACUUCAGAUACUACACUCGCUCGAAAAGAUGCGAUGUUGUUCCGAGUACCAGAUAAGGAGAUGGAAGCAAGAAUAGCCAUUCAACAACUCUUGAGUUCUCCAGAAAAAAUUCCUAUGCUACUGAAAUCGCAAGCUCCUGAUGCUCGCCGCACACAUGCUACUAGACUUGGUUGUACAUUUUCUAUUGAUUGUCCAUCUGGGUUUGUGUGUUACCAGGGUCUAUGUAAGCCGGGGAUGAUGAAAAUUGAAUAAAAUCAUCUUUGAUGUAUUUAUUUCUUCUUGUUUGGAGUUUUUAUUUUCGCAUAAUAAAAAAGUGGUGUCAUUUCUAGAGUCUGUAUGCUUUGCUAUGUUUUACUUUGAUGACAUAAUAAACAUUGGUGUUGUGAUUAUUGUAUUCAGUAAUAAUACUUGUAUGUCAUUGUGCCAA